UGACAUCUUACCAUUCUCACUGCGCAUGCGCGGCUCAGGGAGCGUGCAGCGCGGCGAUCGCCGGUGCGCUGUGUCCCUCGGACACAGCGGAUCACGGAAAGAGCCGAAGAUGUCGGCUCCGUCAUGUGAUCAGCUGUGUCCAAUCACAGCUGAUCACAUGGGACAUGUACAGUGUGCCCUGAUGAUCAGUGUGGCCCCAGAAGUGCCACCUGUCAGUGUCCAUCAGUGCCAGCAGUCAGUGCUCAUCAGUGCCACAUAUCAGUGCCUACCAAUGCACAUCAAUGCCACAUAUCAGUGCCCAUCUGAGCUGCCUUUCAAUGUCACCCAUCAGUGCCAAUCAGUACCACCUAUCAGUGCUGCCAAUCAGUUCCACCUACCAGUGCCAGUCAGUGUUGCCCAUCAGUGCGCAUCAGUGCCUAUCAGUGCCAGUCAGUGCCGCCUAACAGUG